GAAGAUUGCUGGAAAGGGGACCAAGCCCCCGGCCAAGAAGCCGAAGACCACCGCCCCUACCAAACAACCGAUCACCGAUGUGGUGGUGAUUGUGGACGAAGGGCACGCUUCUGCCUCCACCCCCCAGGAACAAAUCAAUCAGGAGUUCUUUGGGCGGGAGAGGUUGGAGGCGUUAGUACCGAAGGGGGCCUCCGUGUUGGAGGGCAGUUUGAACCCUUCGGCUCUGAUGAGCCAGAUGCUGCCGUCGGCCGACCGACUGGCCCUUGCCCGGCUGGACGAGGGAUCCCUCGAGGCGAAGGUCCUCCUGAAUGCUGCCUCCACUUUUAUGGGCCUCUGCGAGCACCUCCGAAGGGUGGAUCAAAUGAGGGAGGCCAAGG